AGUUGUUGUUCAGGGUCGGAUGUUUGCAGUAGAAGAUGCGUUGGCUGCCGCUUUGGGUAUUAAUAUUAUGCGCCUGUUCGCUUUACAGCGCCUCUGCGAAUAACAAUGCCGUCAAGAAAAUGAAGAUACAGUUCGCAACGGGUCCACUUCUCAAAUUUCAGAUUUGUAUCUCCUGAGGGUACAAGCGGGUGUUUGAGGAGUACACGCAGGUUUUGUACCAGCGGUACCCAGACAUCCGCAUAGAGGGAGAGAACUACCUUCCUCUGCCUGUCUACAGGCACAUUGCUUCCUUUCUGUCUGUGUUCAAACUGUUGUUGAUUGGGGUGAUCAUUAUUGGCAAGGAUCCAUUCGCUCUAUUUGGCAUGCAGGCUCCUGGUCUUUGGGUUUGGAGUCGGGAGAAUAAGAUAUACGCCUGCAUGAUGGUGUUCUUCUUCAGCAAUAUGAUCGAAAACCAGUGUAUGUCUACAGGUGCUUUUGAAAUCACGCUCAAUGAUGUACCAGUUUGGUCUAAGUUGGAGUCGGGCCACCUGCCUUCCAUGCAGCAACUAGUCCAAAUUCUGGAGAAUGAGAUGAAGAUGAACGUGCACAUGGACACUCUUCAACAUCAUCGCUCAUAACCUUGUGUCUGAUCCACUGCAUGGCACCUUGGGCCCAUCCACUUUUGAGGUGGAGCUCUCCUACAGCUGUGAAGUGACAUUUAUGAAGGCUUGUGCUGAAAGUAGAGACAAUACUAGUGCAUGCCUGAUGUUCUGCUCACUCCUCACCAUGCCCCUUGGAGAUGCACCACCUACAGAUGCUGAUGUGGGAUCCCAGGCAACAAUAGUGGCCAUAUAAAUAUGAAUGCAACCAAUCGCUUGUGCAAUAAUUAUCUGAUUCAGGAUAUAUAUAUAUAUAUAUAUAUUUCAAAAAGAGUUCAGUUAGCUAAAUCAACAAAAAAACAUUUAAGGCUUUUUUUUUUUUUUUACUUGAUCCUACUGUAUGGCUAAAAUGUUGUCUUUAUUUUUUUUUUGUAAUGUUUAGUUUUGAACAGGUCCUAAUUUCCUAAUCAUAUUUUAACAUCUAAGCAGCAUUAAUUAUAUUUCUGAGCCCUGAAUUUUAUAUUGCUUUGUAUAGCUUCAGAUGU